UCUACAUUUCCAGAUCAUAUUCAUAAUCAAUCAUCUCUGAAAUUCUCACUAAAUCAAUCCUUCCGUUGGAUUAAUUGUUUUUUCCCGGUGUUCGCGAGGAAUCUGAAGAAAUGGUUGGUUAAUUGAAAUCUGAGAAUCCGUGUGACUAAUUAUUGCAGCUGGAUCGACAUGGAAGAAGAAAAUGCUGUUGAGAUUCUUCAGAGAUAUCGCCGGGAUAGGCGGAAACUCUUGGAUUUUAUGUUGGCUGGUAGCUUAAUCAAGAAAGUUAUAAUGCCUCCUGGGGCUGUGACUCUUGACGAUGUUGAUUUGGAUCAAGUUAGUGUUGAUUAUGUCAUUAACUGUGCUAAGAAAGGUGGAAUGCUCGAACUUGCUGAAGCUAUUCGGGACUAUCAUGAUCACAUUGGAUUGCCUUAUAUGAAUAGCGUCGGUACUGCUGAUGAGUUCUUUUUGGCUACAAUUCCUGAAUCUUCUGGCCCACCUCCAAAAAGGGCCCCACCACCUAUUCCUGUAUUAAUUUCCUCAUCCUCUCCCAUGGUUACUAAUCCGGAGUGGUGUGAGUCACCAACUGUGCCAUCAUUGAUGCGAUCAGAAUCUAUUGAUUCACCAAAAGCUCAAGAGCUGACUGUUGAUGACAUUGAAGAUUUUGAAGACGAUGAUGAUCUUGAUGAAGUUGGUAAUUUCAGAAUCUCAAGGCGAACUGCGAAUGAUGCGGCUGAUUUUGUGCCAAAACUGCCCUCCUUUGCGACUGGUAUUACAGAUGAUGAUCUCCGUGAAACCGCAUUUGAAAUCCUUUUGGCUUGCGCUGGAGCUUCAGGAGGUCUCAUAGUACCAUCAAAAGAGAAAAAGAAGGAGAAAAGCAGGUCUAGGCUGAUUAAGAAACUUGGUCGCAAAAGUGAAAGCGUUUCUCAGUCACAGAGUUCAUCAGGAUUGGUUGCUCUUUUAGAAAUGAUGCGGGGCCAAAUGGAGAUUUCUGAGGCUAUGGACAUCAGAACAAGACAGGGGUUGCUUAAUGCUCUAGCGGGGAAAGUUGGCAAAAGAAUGGACAGCCUCCUGGUGCCUUUAGAAUUGCUAUGUUGCGUGUCUCGUACCGAGUUCUCUGACAAGAAAGCGUACUUACGUUGGCAGAAAAGGCAGUUAAACAUGUUAGCAGAGGGGCUCAUUAACAAUCCAGUUGUUGGAUUUGGAGAAUCAGGUCGUAAGGCAACUGACCUGAAGAGUCUUCUGCUAAGGAUUGAAGAAUCAGAGUCUCUUCCAUCCUCAGCUGGAGAAGUGCAAAGAGCAGAAUGUUUAAAAUCUCUUAGAGAAGUUGCUAUCUCACUUGCCGAGAGACCGGCUCGUGGUGAUUUGACGGGUGAAGUCUGCCAUUGGGCUGAUGGCUAUCAUUUGAAUGUCAGACUAUAUGAAAAAUUGCUUCUAUGUGUCUUUGACAUAUUGAAUGAUGGGAAGCUCACAGAGGAAGUUGAAGAAAUUCUUGAGCUUUUGAAGUCAACGUGGCGUGUUCUUGGAAUUACAGAGACCAUCCAUUACACAUGCUAUGCCUGGGUUUUGUUUCGACAGUAUGUAAUUACUAGUGAACGAGGACUUCUGCGACAUGCUAUUCAGCAGCUGAAGAAAAUCCCUCUAAAAGAACAACGUGGGCCUCAGGAGCGCAUACACUUGAAAACCUUGCAGUGUAGGGUUGAAAAUGAAGAGAUAUCCUUCCUGGAGUCCUUCUUGUCACCUAUACGGAGUUGGGCCGAUAAGCAGCUGGGCGACUACCAUCUGCAUUUUGCCGAGGGUUCACUUGUCAUGGAGGAUACAGUCACAGUUGCAAUGAUAACUUGGAGGCUUUUGUUGGAGGAAUCUGAUCGAGCGAUGCAUUCUAACUCGUCAGAUCGAGAGCAAAUUGAGUCCUACAUUUUAUCUUCCAUCAAGAACACGUUCACAAGGAUGUCACUUGCCAUUGAUAGAUCAGACAGAAAUAAUGAGCACCAUUUGGCAUUGCUUGCUGAGGAGACUAAGAAACUUAUGAAAAAGGACUCUACCAUCUUUAUGCCAAUUUUAUCUCAGAGGCACCCACAAGCAAUUGCGUUUUCUGCAUCCCUUGUUCACAAGCUUUAUGGGAACAAAUUGAAACCUUUUCUUGAUGGUGCUGAACACUUGACUGAGGACGCUGUCUCUGUUUUUCCUGCGGCUGAUAGCCUUGAGCAAUAUUUACUGGAGUUAAUGACUUCUGUCUGCGGAGAGGAUACAAGUGGACCUUACUUCAGAAAAUUAAUUCCAUAUGAGGUCGAAUCCCUCUCUGGCACAUUGGUUUUGAGAUGGAUCAAUUCACAGCUGGGGAGAAUUUUAAGCUGGGUGGAGCGAGCUUUUAAACAAGAGCAUUGGGACCCAAUAUCACCUCAACAGCGGCAUGGGAGCUCAAUUGUCGAAGUUUUCAGGAUUGUAGAAGAGACUGUUGAUCAAUUUUUUGCGCUAAAAGUUCCAAUGAGAUCCAUUGAACUAAGUGCUUUAUUUCGUGGCAUUGACAAUGCAUUUCAAGUAUAUACUAACCAUGUCAUGGAGAAGCUAGCUAGCAAGGAUGAUUUGGUUCCUCCUGUUCCUGUUCUUACUCGUUACAAGAAGGAAACAGCAAUCAAGGUUUUUGUUAAGAAGGAACUAUUUGAGUCAAAACACCCUGAUGAGAGAAGGUCGAUUAACAUUAAUGUUCCUGCAACCGCUAUACUUUGCGUUCAGCUCAAUACUUUACAUUAUGCUGUUAGUCAACUGAGCAAGUUAGAAGACAGCAUGUGGGACCGCUGGAUAGCGAAAAAACCUCGUGAAAAGAUUGUCAUCAGAAAAUCUUUGGUUGAGAAAUCCAAGAGUUUUAACCAGAAGGAAUCUUUUGAGGGGAGUAGAAAAGAUAUCAAUGCAGCUCUGGAUCGUAUCUGCGAGUUUACUGGAACCAAGAUUAUCUUCUGUGAUUUAAGGGAGCCAUUUAUUGAAAAUUUGUAUAAGCCAAAUGUUUCUCAAUCAAGAUUGGAAGGAUUAAUCGAAGCCCUAGACACGGAACUUGGACAGCUAUGUAGUGUCAUAAUGGAGCCAUUGAGGGAUCGGAUAGUCACCAGCCUGCUUCAAGCAUCACUUGAUGGAUUACUUCGUGUACUAUUAGAUGGAGGCCCGUCACGUGUAUUUCAUCCAAGCGAGUCAAAGCUGUUAGAAGAAGAUGUAGAGGUCUUAAAGGAAUUCUUUAUUUCUGGUGGGGAUGGACUUCCGAGAGGAGUGGUUGAAAAUCAAGUAGCCAGAGUUCGUCUUGUUGUAAAGUUGCACGGAUACGAGACACGGGAGCUUAUUGAUGACUUGAGGUCUAGAAGCAGUCUAGAGAUGCAGCAAGGAGGAAAAGGCAAACUUGGAGCGGACACCCAAACAUUGAAAAUGAGCAAUGCGUAUGCGUACGGAGUGCCCGUGGCUGCGCAGAACACAAACGUGGUGGUGGUGAGUGACGUUUUCUGCUGUCCUUACCCGCUCGAGCUGACCGUCAAGAAGAAUUGUAAAGGACUCAGCGGUGCCAAGCUGGAGGUUGUCGACCUCGAGUCUAGUGUCGUUCUUCGUGUCGACGGUCCUCACCACAGCUUCAACAAGAAACGUGUUCUCCGUGACCCCGCCGGUUACCCUCUCCUCACCAUGCGCGAGAAGUUGACGUCGUUAAAUCACCGAUGGACGGUUCACCGAGGAGAAGGCUCUGAUCCAACGGCAACGGAGCUGAUGUUCACAGUGCAACGUUCUCAUCCUCUUCAAUGGAGGGCUCGUCUCGAUGUCUUCUUUCAAUCUAACCAAGUCCGCAACUUCAGCGUCGUUGGCACUUACUUGGACGACUCUGCCAGAGUUUACCAUGCCGACACUCUCAUCGCCGAGGUGAAGGAGAAGUCGACAUUUGGUGGAUAUUUCAAAGGUAAACAAGACUUUGUGGUUACAAUUAAUGCAGGCGUUGACUAUGCUUUCGUCGUCACUCUUCUCGUCAUCUUGAACGAAACCAAUUCCUUCUUUUAACUCAUCCACUAUUUGUUUCUUUGUUCUGUUUGAAUUUGCAACUUCACAUAUUUUACAAAUUUGUAAUGAUAUUGUACAAAACCAAAGUGACUUCUUCUCUUUAGUAUCCUAAUAACGCUUUUCAAAUGUU